ACCUUCCCGCGCUGUGUAGGCUACUUGGCCGCAGCUCUCUUCCGAACGUUCACUGGUGGUACAGUACAGCACGCUGACGCACGCACACUGAACGACAACCGUGUUUGUAUUGAACGGACGGCAACGCACAGUGCUGGGAGUGAAAGCGUCCUAAGAGCAGGAUCAUGCGCAGCGAGAUGGCGCCCUUUGAACCGACACCAGCAAACCAACUGAACCAAGCGACAGGCAAAGUGAAAGCGUCCUAACGGGAAACUUGCAGUCUAGUGAGGGAUAGAAGGUUUUCGAAUUGAACUAACUGGUUUUACGUCCGGGCGCUAAAUAAUACCGAGCGCGCCAUUUUUUUUACGUGGCGACACCGCACGAACGCGAAGCCGGAGCCGGUAGAGAGAGAGAGGGACAGAGACAAACUGAACAUGUGUUAAAUCUAACGUUGACUGAUGCGGUGACUUUAUUGUAGGCCUACUUACAGGAUCUUUAUAUUGACCAAAACAUCCAUGUUCUGAGGAGUUUAACUUUGACAGCCUGGACUUGAUGCAUUUAAUGGUAUACAGAACUACUGUCGCCACAGAUUACAGAACCGGAAAGUUCAAACCGUGCUCUCCGAAAAGAUUCUCACAAAUGCCGUCAUAACGUCCGUGUUAACGGCGAAAGUAUUCAGUGUGUUCCCUGGUGUCUGAUGGAGUGUCCACUCUGGGAGAUCCACUCAAUACCGGUGCUUUGGAGACUGGGAUACCCACUACAGACUGAGGUUGAGAGACACCUGAGGCUGAGCGACAUAUUAUUAUAAGGCUGAAUCUGAGAGACACCCAAAGCUGAAAGAAUACAUGAGUCUCAUGAAACUGAAAGACGUACGUGGCUGGAACGCAUACAGCAAUGAGACCGAAAGACGCACAAGGCUUAGACUAAGGGACACCACGCUUUGACUGAGAGAUUUUACAAAGCUUUGACUAAGAGGCGAGCCUUUGACUGGGAGAUAGAUCUCUCUCUCUCUCUCUCUCUCUCUCUCUCUCUCUCUCUCUCUCUCUCUCUCUCUCUCUCUCUCUCUCUCUGUAAAUAUAUACACAAAAUUUGACUGAGAGACACAAGUCUUUGACUGAGAGAGACAAGUAUUUGACGUGACUGAGAGACACAUAAGGCUCAGAGACACGGGACUGGAAGACGCACGACGCUUCGACUGAAAGCGAAAGACACUGAAAGCCGACAGACACCCCGGACUGAAGACACCCGAGACAGGGGCGGAAAGGCACCACGGGCUAAAUCUGAGGCUGAGAGCCGCUCACGACUGACGAUAAUCAAUGUCGUCGGCAAUGCGUUACGACAUGGACGACGAGAAACUGAUCGCGACUGUCCGGAAACACAGCGCCAUCUACGACAAGAAUGACAAGAACUACAACAACCGACCGUUCAUCACCCGGUCCUGGAAGGAGGUGGCCAAGGAAAUGGGCUCUGAUGUUUGGUGUUGCAAAGGCCGCUGGGUGACCAUGCGGGACUACUUUCAGAAGAAGCUCAAGGAGUCUGUCUUGGCCGCUGCCAGUAACCGGCCUCUCAAGAAGAAAAGAUGGUGGCUCUUCGACACUCUCAGCUUCCUCACGCCCUUCAUGACCAUGCCAGAAACGUCUUCUGUGUCGACCGUGGUUAAACCUCCCCCAGACACUGAGGAGGACGACGAAGAAGAAGUAGAAGAACCAGAAGACGACGACUACGGUUCAGAAAUGUUGGGAAAAGACUUACCAAUGCUAGACGACCAACAGUCACAAGAUAGUUUCCCGUCUGACAUUUUAGAGAACAACAACGAUUUUCCGAACCCGUUCAAAAAACCCCGACGCUCCGGUCAGUCGAUGGCCGAUAAUUACGCAGAUCUUCGAUAUAAUAUCCAGCAGCAGACUCAGUGGUUCUUGCAGUUGCAGAAGCAAGCAGAGAAAAACACGGAUGAAAACGAACACUUCUUUCGCAGUUUGCUGCCUACGCUGAGAAAGCUUGACGAUCUCGAGGUCAUGGAGUUCCGCCACGACGUGCAAGGAUUGCUCUUGAAAUACUUCAAAGCUGCCAGAUGUCGAAAAAGUGAGAUGGCUAAUGGCAGCCAGUCUUAGUUAUUAUAGCUGAAUAAAAGGAGGACGGACCCUUCAGUCAGUGGUCAAGAGUGUGGUUUUCUGAUAACGCCAGCAGGUAUUACUGACAUCUCUAAAGAUGUGUCAGGGACAGACACGCGAAGUAGAUGUGCUUGUUGGGUUUGUAUUUGGUUGGGGGGGGGGGGGUGCCUUUUUUACUCAUUUAUUUGAUAUAAUUUUUCAUUCCACCUGUCAGCACCUAUGAAGAUUAAAUAUAUAAAGAGAUA